AUGGCCGACGAGAAAACCGCCCCAAUUACGGCGGGGGCGCCCGAGGUUGGGACCACUGAAGCCGCCAACCGCGCCGACACCGCCGACACCGCCGGCACCGCUGAGCCAGUGCCGCGACCGCCAGGAUGGAUGUACAAGGGUUUCAAGGUCGGGAAGCAGGAGAUUUGGUAUGCGUCGCCAAUCGUCCAGCUUCUCAUGGUCGCCAUGGUGUGUUUCCUGUGCCCUGGCAUGUUCAACGCCCUCACCGGGCUUGGCGGCGGUGGCCAGGUCGACCCGUCAGCCCAGAACGAUGCCGCCACGGCCCUAAACUCGACGUUCGCUAUAGUCGCCUUUUUCUCCGGAACAAUCGCCAACAAGCUCGGUGUCAAAGCGACGCUGGCAUUCGGCGGUCUCGGCUACUGCAUCUACACCGGCAGCUUCCUGAGCUACAAUCACAACCAGAACCGCGGCUUCGUCGUCUUUGCUGGUGCCUUCCUUGGUGUCUGCGCCGGGCUGCUCUGGACGGCUCAAGGGACCAUCAUGAUGAGCUAUCCUCCUGAGGAAAAGAAGGGCCGCUAUAUUUCAUAUUUCUGGAUCAUCUUCAACCUGGGUGCCGUCAUCGGCGCUCUGGUCCCCCUUGGCCAGAACGUGAAUGCCACCGGCGCCACCAACGUCACCGACGGCACCUACAUCGGCCUCAUCGUGCUCAUGGUUACCGGCGCCCUGCUGGCUCUCGCGCUUUGCAACGCGGACAAAGUCCGCCGCGCGGAUGGCAGCAAGGUCAUCUUGAUGAAGAAUCCUAGCUGGAAGACAGAAUUCAUCGGCUUGUUCGAGACUAUCACCUCCUCGCCGUGGGUCAUCCUGCUCUUCCCCAUGUUCUUUGCCUCCAACGUCUUCUACACGUACCAGCUGAACGACUUCAACGGCGCUCACUUCAACACUCGUACCCGAGCCCUCAACAACCUGUUGUACUGGUCUAGCCAAAUCUUCGGCGCCAUGAUCUUCGGUUACGGCCUGGAUUACGCCGGCGUCCGCCGCUCUGUCCGUGCCAAGGUCAGUCUUGUGGCACUGUUUGCCGUCACCUUCGCCAUCUGGGGCGGCGGUUAUGCAUGGCAGAUCAAGCAAGUCACCCGUGACGUGGUGGAGGCCAAAGAGCCUGAAUACAAGCGGGUUGACUGGACGGAUGGUGGCGAGCUAUACAUCGGGCCCAUGUUCUUGUUCAUCUUUUACGGCUUUUUUGAUGCCGCCUUCCAGACCUCCAUCUACUGGUACAUGGGCGCUCUCAGCAACUCGGGCCGCAAGGCUGCCAAUCUCGCGGGCUUCUACAAGGGCAUCCAGUCCGCCGGCGCCGCUGUUUUCUGGCGCCUGGAUGGUCUGAGGACACCUUACAACACCAUGUUCGGCGCUACCUGGGGUCUACUUGUCGGCUCGAUAAUCAUUGCCGCCCCCGUCAUCUUUAUGCGCAUCAAGGACACUGUCACUGUUGAGGAGGAUCUCAAAUUUAGCGAUGAGACGGUCGAGGACAUCGUGCCUACGAGGGAUGUUGUCACACAUUUCAAGCAGGACGCCGUUUGA